UCUGGCCUGGUGGAUUUGUAUUACGUGGACUUUGGGGACAACGGGGAGCUUCCACGGGAACAUUUACGAAGCAUGAGAAGUGACUUCCUGAGCCUGCCCUUUCAAGCCAUUGAGUGCAGCUUAGCAGGGGUUCGUCCUGCAGGAGAGGUUUGGACUGAGGCAGCCCUGGAUGACUUUGAGCGCAUGACAUACUGUGCUGAAUGGAAAGCUUUACUGGCCAAAUUGUACAGUUAUUCUCAUUCUGAGAUCUCAUCCUGGCCCAGCGUUAAACUCUAUGACAACAGCCAGGGAAAGGCUCUGGAUCUCGGUAAAGAGUUGAUUCGUCUUGGGCAUGCUGUGAGCUGUGAGGAUGAAGGGAUUGGGCUGAGGGGAGACUGGGAUGAGUCCAGAUCACUGCAGAAGAUGCUGGACGACAUGACCGGAGCAACAUCAGAACUCAGUAUGUCCUGCAUCAGUUUGUCAGACCUGAGUGAUCUGGUCAGCCAAAUACUUGAGUCGUCUUCCUCCGCGCUAGACCCACCAAUCCAAUCGAAUAACUUAACCCCUGCAUCACCAUUACACGAGCCAUCAGUGCAGGACAUCUCAUCUUCGUUUCCAUCUCCAUCCUGUGUGGAGGCUGUGACAUCAACGCUGGAUUCCUUCACUCUUAGUGAUGACGUUUUUCUUGGGACUCACCGUUACAGCAGGAAGAAUAAGAUGCCAUCAUCUGCAUCAGAACAGACGGGCUCAUCUUGUACGGUGGACGGUUUCAGUGAAAAUACUGAGAGCAGCAACAGUAGUGACGGCAUCAGAGGAGUGUGGUAUUACCUCACUUCCUCUAGGGACUCCUCUGAAUUGUCUCUCAGCACCACCAUGCCUCAGUCGUCCACUGCGUCUUCAUCUUAUUUGACAGAAUCUUGUGACGAGACCACUGCUUCCUCAGGCUCUGUGAUUGAGCUGAGUUCAGAUUCAUCCAGGAGCGCUGAAGAUGCUGGAAUGCCACUCAGACCAGCUAAUCAGACUCCUCCACACGCAGAUCCAGAGAUCAUCACGCUGAGUGACAGGAGCAGCUGUGAAAGCAACUUGAGUAACACUUCAGAAGAGUAUAAACAUGAGUCUUUUACAGUGGGAAAUUUAGAUGAACCACACCCACUAAAAAGUGAUAUGAAAUGCCAGAAGUCAAGUUUGAGUGAAGAAAUGCUGCAUAAUAAAGCAGGAAGUGCAACUGAAGGAAGAGGAAAAGAUCUUCAGGAACUAAAGAACGUGGAUUUCAACACCAAAAAAGGCAACAGUGGUGGAGACAAUUCAACAAGAGGUGUAACUUAUAUAUACUGUAACUUAACGACACACUGGAGCACAUUGGAUCACUGUGGGAUGUGACUGGUUUUCACUGAAGGGCUUUAAUACACCUUGCUGCAACUUUAUACUUUACACGUGGGUUUGAGGUUUUUAAGGAGAGAUGCUU